UUUUUGAUGAAUUUGUUGUAACAAGUUUUUUUCCACCACAUAUCGCCUCUCCUGAAAAACAAGAUUAUAGAUCACACUAUGGAUAUUCAAAUGAGAUAUAAAAACAGAAAAAACAAAAGAAAUAAAAGAGAGAGAGAGAGAGACGGGAUGCAGGAUCUCCAAUCUCCUAACAUACGAUCUUACAAAUCGUAUGAAGGAGAUAGGAACCUCCAACUAGUUGAUCCUGCCGAUUUAAAACCGGUUAGAGGAAUCUAUGUUGUCAGAGAAUCAAAGCGUAACCUAUCGCCAAUGACAUCAGAUCUAUGGCGUAAAAUUUCAUACAAAGACAUGCCCGUUAAAUCCAGAAGACCUCCUUCUCAUUCAAAAACGUUUAAAGGAUGGUGGAACGAUCCUGAGAUAAAGAGAAAGAGACGAGUGGCGAAAUACAAGCUUUAUUCAGCUGAGGGAAAGGUGAAGAAAUCUUUGAAAAAGAGUUACAAAUGGAUUAAAAUCCAAUGCGCUAAGAUUAUUCAUGGAAUAUAGCUUUCCAAUAUGUUUUAUUGCUUAGUAGUUUGUUCUUUAAAUAAUAAAAUAUCGUGUUUGUUUAAUUUAUUUGAUUUUUUUGUUAGUUGUGGUGUAUCUCUAUGACGACAUUAAUUAUAUUUGAUAUGACUUGCAAAUCCAAUACAUAAAAUAAAUAUAUUUAUAAUUC